UAUAUAAUAUUUAUUAUUACUGUAAAUCUAGGUAAAUUACACUCUUUGUUUUGAUAAGUUAAAAAGACGUACUUCAUCAGAAGAGUUAGAGCCCCUUUGUUUAUUGGAUUAUAAAGCUUUAUAACAGCAUUGUGACUACUUCUUAUCACAGUCCUAACAGAGUAUUCCAGAAAGUAAAAUGUCGAAAGCCAAAGUUCCCAUCAUGUCUACGGCAGGUGCUAUACCUGUUCGUAAUGAGAAGGGUGAAAUCACCAUGGAAAAAGUCAAAGUCACCAGGUAUAUGAGAGGUCAGAGGCCAGAAUUCGCCCCAGAAAGUGACGAGGAAGAAGAGGUAGAAGUAAGUACAGGUUUUCAAGUCCGGGCUCGAGCUGCGCAGCCUGAGGAUAAAAAAGAAGAAGAGGAUGAAGUUGAAAAAGAAAGUCAAGAAGCCCAAGAUCGUAGGCUCCGCCGUCUUUUGAACAGAGAAAAGAGCGACAGUGAAGAAGAUGAGGAAGACAGAGUUUUGAGACAUAGGCGUGAAGUUAUUGAACCAGAAGUGAUAGCCGAAGGGUCUGAUGAUGAAGACAGGCCUGUGCGACGGAGAAGAGAAGGAGGCAGUGAAGGAGAAGAAGAUGAGGAAGAAGAAGAAGAGUUGGAUGAAGAGGAAAUAGAAAAACAAAGAGCUCAGAGAAAAUUAAAAGUUAUGCAACAGAGAGAUGAAGAGGAAGUCAUGGAUGUUGAAGAAGAGAAAAAAGAGGAAGAAGAAUCAGAAGAGGAGUCCUCCGAGUAUGAAGAGUAUACAGACUCUGAGGAGGAAGCAGGUCCUAGACUGAAGCCAGUGUUUGUUAGAAAAAAAGACAGAAUCACAGUACAGGAGAGAGAAAGAGAAGAAGCAAGGGCCAAGGAGCUGGAAGCUGAGGCCAAGAAACUUGCUGAAGAGAGGAAGCGACAAACAAUUAAAAUGGCAAACCAGGACAUGAAGAGGGAACUGGAGGAGGAGAAAGGUCUUCAGGACGCAUGCGACGGUGUUGACUCUGAUGAUGGCAAUGACGAAGAAGAGUACGAACUGUGGAAAGUGAGAGAGCUGAAACGUAUUAAGCGAGACAGAGAGGAACGAGAAGCAAUCGACAAAGAAAAGAUGGAGGUUGAUCGAUUAAGAAAUAUGACAGAAGAAGAAAGGAGGCAAGAACUUCGACAGAAUCCUAAACAAGUCACUAACAAAGCUCCAAAGGGAAAAUACAAAUUUUUGCAGAAAUAUUACCAUCGUGGUGCUUUCUUUUUGGACAAUGAAGAUAAUGUUUUCAAGCAAGAUUUCUCACAGCCAACACUGGAUGAUCACUUUGAUAAAACAAUAUUACCUAAAGUCAUGCAGGUUAAGAACUUUGGUCGAUCUGGUAGAACUAAGUACACUCACUUAUUGGAUCAAGACACAACACAGCAUGAAGCACCAUGGAUGCAAGACACAGCCCAGAAUCUGAAGUUUCACACAGCCAAAGGUGGGGGCAUGAAGCAGCUAUUUGACAGACCAUCAACCAAAGUGAAAAAAUAAAUGUUGGUGUAUGCUUAAAAUGUGUGCAGAUGAAUGAAUGUCCUAGUAUGUAUAUAUGAUGUUAAUAUGAAAUGAUCAGCUCUUAAUGUACCAUGUUAUUAUUCAUAACAAUCACAAUUUUUACCUUUUUUUUUCCCCUUCAUAUUCUGGUUUCUUUCAUUUUAAAUUUUUUGAAAAUAAAAAAAAAAGAAACCUG